AUGGUGACAACUUUUAAAAUAGCAAUCCUUGGAGCACAAGGGGUUGGGAAAUCAGCAAUUGUGCACCAGUUCCUCUACAACGAUUAUAGUGAUCACUAUCUGCCCACAAAAGCACGUCGUGUCUACCUGCCUGCUGUGGUCAUGAACGAGCAUGUGCACGACCUACAGAUAAUGGACUUUCCGCCCAUUCCAUCCUUCCCAGUCAACACUCUGCAGGAAUGGGCGGACACGUGUUGUCGAGGACUGCGGAGCGCUCAUGCCUACAUACUGGUUUAUGACAUCUGCUGCUUUGACAGCUUUGAAUACAUCAAAACAAUUCGACAACAAAUAUUAGACACAAGAAUGAUUGGAACCAACGAAAUCCCUAUCAUCAUCGUCGGUAACAAACGGGACUUGCAGAGGGGCCGUGUUAUUCCCAGGCGGAACGUUUCUAACCUUGUGAAGAAGACAUGGAAGUGCGGCUACAUUGAAUGCUCGGCCAAGUACAACUGGCACAUCCUCAUGUUGUUCAAUGAACUUUUAAAGACCAUUGGGUGCGUGCGCUGCAGGCACGUGCAUGCCGCCAUCCGUUUUCAGGGAGCCCUGCGACGAAACCGGUGUAGUGUGAUGUGA